UACAGAGUUAAUACCAUGACAAAGGUCAACCUAACAGCAGAUUUAUGGUUGGAUCUUUGCUCCUUUUCCAUAGCAGAGGGAACGUUGCUUUGUGUAGGACAUCGAGCUGACAGCAAAAUCAUGUUCAGAGUUUUUGUAAGUGUUUUGCUGUUACUUGGCGUCACAGCAAAGCCCUGGAAUAAACUCACAAAUGAAGCUUUUGAGGAUGCAGUAAGGUCCUUACAUGAGAAUGGGAAGCUGUCCUGGGAAGUGGAAGUAAAACCUCCAGAGGACACUGAUGGUGUUCAGUAUGCGAUCCACCCCGGGAUGCAGAUUUGGAAGAAUUACCCAAAUGUGAAGGAGGACUUGGAAAAUCUGCACCAUCCUUCAUCAGCUGAGCUUCAUGCUCAAAUCCUGGAUCCUGCUGCAGAAGUCCCUAGAAGUACCAAGAUGAAACAGGAAGUAGUGGAAGAUAGAGAUGGCAUUGAUCCAGUUUUUGCUGAAGUGGUUAAAGAACAGCCUGAGGUGGUUUGGAAUGAAGACAACAAAAAAUUAGGAGAGAAGUUUGCUCCAUUAGCAGCUGAAGACAAAGUUGAAGUUGUUGGCAUUCCCCAUCAACCUGAGACAGAUAAGGACGAGCUUCCAUUGGGCAGCAGGAGAGCAACAAGGCUCUACCUUCAGCCCGAGGAAGACAUGGAUGACCUUUACCACAAAGACGUCCCCAUGGAAGUCCUUCUCCAAGUCGACAGUAAAGCUGCAGCUCUUGUUGAUUUGCCAUUUGAGAGGAAGUACAGUGAGCCAGAAGAAGAUCUGGAUCCACUCUAUCAUCAGUGAUCCUGUGAUGACUCAUCAGGAAUGUAUGUCAUUAAUAAAUCACAGCUGUUGUUUGAUUCUAUUAAAACAUCUGUAACGAGCAAACAUA